AGCGACGCACUGAGUCGAACCUAUUGCAGUGUCAGCGCAUCUACGUGGCGAUGAUAAUAUUUGAGGUGCGAAGGAGGAGCACAAAUCUAUUCAGGGCGAGACACGUCCACGGAAUCCACGUGUGGGCUGUCACAAAAGAAAACACGCGGGGUUGUGAUGCUUUCAUCAGCCCGGGUGGGAUUUACAGAACGCAUCAUGGAGAGACCGCUGACUGCUACCGAGCGAGGUUUGCGAACCAGCGGAGCAGUGAACAUGAUCAUUGCAAGGCUUUUGUUUCUGUUCAUCCUGCCUUUAUUAAGUAUGGGUGCUCCACAAGUCCAAAGCAUCACCAGUGAUGACAUCCUUACACCAGAGCUUGCUAAUCCAUUUGGACCGGGGGAAGACAAUCGCAGGCUUCUCCAAAGCUACAUCAAGAGCAAAUUAAAGGAUGGACAGACCACUCCAGAACUCAACACAAGGGAACAAGAGGUGUUUUUCCUGUUCUCCUUGUUUGAUUAUGAUAGAAGUGGACAGAUGGACGGUCUUGAAUUGAUGCAGCUUUUGACAGAUUUUCUAUCUUAUCAUUCAAUAAUGCCAAAGUCAACAGACUCUGUAGUGUCUUUAGUGGAUUACCUUUUGCAAACUCAGGAUCUAAACCAGGAUGGACUACUGGCUCCCUCUGAGCUGCUAUCACCGCCCAUUCUUGACCAUCAGCAAGAAGACAACAUUGUGCCUCCUGAUGUCCAAGCUGAGCCAGUGGAGACAACAAACCGAGAGCAAGCAGAUGCCAUAACAAAGGGCGGAGAUCCUCAAACUCACCAAGAAGAGGCAGAUGUCCAGGACAACAAAGACCCUAAACAGGAACAGCUAGUAGAGAAUGAGAAUGAAACACAACCAGCUCAACAACGGGCCGAGGAACAUGCAGAUCUUAACCAUAUACCAAAAACAGAACAACAGGAUGAACCACAGCCACCAGAAGAUAACUUACAAGUUUAAGAAAAACAUGCCAGUUUAUCAAGGGUAUCUGGAGACAAUGCCAAACUCAUGCAUCUUAAACCAGCCAUACAUUAGAAACCAAAGUUUGUCAUGUUCUCACAUGCAGGGAAGAGCGGGGCACAAAGGCUUUUCGGCAUUCACUCAAAAAUAUUUAAGUUAGAUUAAUCUUUUUGUUUUACGUAAUCAACACACACAUCUCUGCUACAAAUGAACACUUAAAAGUUGGUUUGUGGGACCUACCGUUAUUGUACACGAAAGUGACAAGAGUGCAAACGUUACAACUUACCCCAUAGGUGGGGUUUAUUGUAACACUUGCUAAAACACUUUUGUUGAAACAUAAUUCAAUAAAAUUCUGUCAAUGGAGAUAAUGUUUAUAUAUCUGCCUAUAAUAGAUAUCCACACAUUCAUCCAUCCAUGAUCUUUCAUUUAACCGUCCUUGUAUUAUGCAUCAAUGCAUAAAGAUUUUUCUUAAAGGGCUGCACAGUUAAGACAAAAAAAUAAUUGUUAUUUUUCCUGAAUGAUAUUGUAUUUAAUAAUAAUUAAUAGUAUUUAAAUAGUUUUCAUUUCAUUAUCAUUGUAUACCCGAGGCUGAAUUGUAACACUGUGUUACAACUAACCCCGCUGUGUAAAAUUAUUUUCAAUCCCAGCUAUCAGUUUCUAGGAGUUAAGUUUCAAAAUGGUGUUGUGUUUUAGGUAACAAGACAGUGAUUAAAAUAAUAACGUUGGAUUAGUGCACAGCAAACUCAGAAAUCGAAUAAACAAGAAAUUUACGGUAACACUUUACCAUAAUCAUGACAUGACAAGUGCUAUGAACAUGAAGGAGAUCUUAUGCACAAUUGUCAUUAAGUGUUAUUUGUUCAAUUAUGUCAUUUUUAAUGCAAAGAUGACAUUGUUUGAAUUGUCUUUGUUAUGACAAAUUGACAAACCAAUAUGAUAACUUGUCAUAAACAUGACAUAGCAGAAUAAUAAAAAAAUAAUAUUCAAUUUAAAUACCUUAACAAAAUGCAAGACACGUCAAAAUAUUAUACUUAACUUUAUGUAUGUGCACAAGUUGUUAUAUGGACCCAACGCUGCAUGGCUUAACCCGUUAUUGUACUUUUUCAUUUAAUUUUAGGUGAAUCGGUCUCCAAAUGCAAUAAAAUAUUAUUUAUUUUAAUUAUUAUUAUUGAAUGAUUUUAUUUGUUAAACAAAUGGUGGACUUUAAAAAAAAACAUUAUGAAAUGAAGAAUAUUCAUGAAGUGGUUAUAAAACUAUUUGACAGUAUUAAUACUUAAUGACAUUUUAAUGACAAAUUAUAUUUGUACCACUGUAGUUGAGGUCAAGAAAAAUAAUCAUAACGCGGUUAAAAAACUAUAUGACAGUAUUAACACUUAAUGACAUUGACAAAUUCAAUUUGUAUCACUGGUAAAAAGUGGUCAGUUAUGAUGUAUUGGUUAAUGUCAAGUUGUCAUGAUAAUGAACAAAUGACACUUAAUGGCAUGUAUAAAAUCUCCAUGUUCAUAGCACACGUCAUGUCAGUCUUAUGAACACCCCUUCAAGUGUUACAAACUGUUGUAAAAACUUUACAAAUUCACAGGAGAUCAUCUUCUGAGAGUAAGAGAAAGACCAAAAUGUACAAAUAUGUAAAGAAGUAGUGUUAUAAUUAACCCUGGGUUACUUUGUGCCCCGCUCACCCCAUUGUACAACCAUAAAUUAUUAUUACUAGGAAAGCAGUUUUAAAAAGCAUGCGUUAUUAACCCACCUGAGCCUUGCAAGUUCACCAGAUCACGUCAUUCAAAUCAGAUUCCACAAAAAGUGGUUUGGAAUUUCAGCACCCAACCACUAGAUUUAAUGUGUUCAAACUAUGCAAACCCAGAAAGUAAAACUAGUCAAUGCCAAGAUCAAAUUACUAUUAUUAAGGUUGUGUACCCAACUUGGUGCAUAAGGUUUCAUGCCUUAUUUUUUUUAAAACCCCUUUGAAAAUAAUUGUAUGCAGUGCAUAUGGAGCAUAAGUAAUUCUAACAAUGAUGCUAAAACCGGUUUGUUUGCUACCUGUAAAACUGAAGAUUUGAAUGGAUCAGGAUGUAAAUUUUGUUGCAUGUUUUAACUUAAUUAAACUUGAAACAGAAAAUG